CUGGGCUGCCACGUAAUGUUGUGUGUCGCGUUGACGAGUUACGUUUCUCCGACAAUUAACAGCGAAUUAGACCGUAAAAAGUGCAAUGUACGUCGCCUGGUGCAGUGAGGUCUAAAAUUUGCUUUAUUCUUGCCCUGAUAACCUCGUCCAAAAGUGACGUUUGGAAGUCUGCAAUAUGUCUCAACCAAUAAAGUAUCAAUACCAUUCGUACAGCAAUGAAAGUAACUUGAAAAGUGGUCCUUCCCAGAUGGUGAAUGGUCAAUCAAACGUGGUACACCAUAAUGGCAUGCAACCAACAAAUUAUAAUUUUACUGGCACCCCGUCCUCGCAGUCAUCGCGCGAUCCAUCCAGGGAAACGUCGAGAGAUCCAUCUCCGACUCCAUAUCUUUACAACCAAUACAGACCACCUUUGCAACGUCCACCAGUGCCUCCAAUCAAUGGCCAACAGAGCACAAUGAAUCCUGUAAUGCCACCGCCAGUAAGGUUACCCCAAAUCCAGCAAUAUCCGUCAAUGUAUAAUGUCCAGAAUCAAUACCAAGCAACCCAAAGUCAACCGCCUCCAAGAGAUGAGUUAAUAAAUUCGCAAAUAGAUUCGACGAAACCAGUGAUCGGAUUUAUGCAGAACUUACCAUUGGAAUCGAAAUCUUAUAAAGUUGAAAAUCAGGAUACAGUGCAAGGCUCCCAGCCAUUUGUACAAGAACAAAAUGUGUUCCCCAAUCUUGCGCAACAGCCUAGAGGACAAACUAUUAGCCAACCAAACUUUGGAGGGCAAAGAAUGUACGCCAAAAAUGCACAUGGUAUACAACAUGCUGCCACUGCACCAAAUGCAAUGCCUUAUGCAGCAGUUGGUGGACAAAUCCCACCGAAGGCACCCACUACAGCCACAGGAUACUCUGGACAGCGAAUGUAUCAAAAUCAGCCACCAAACCCAAUGAACAUACCACAAGAUUCAAUGAAUAAACAUUACCCGGAAUCAUAUCCAGAUCAAAUGAAUCAGUUGAACAGCCAAAUGAACAUGAUGUCCGUCACGCAAGCUGGGUACAACAAACUAUGGGGAAUGGAGACUGUCGAUCUCUUGCAAUAUAGAAAUAUUUUACCUUCGGAAAAAGUUGAACCGCCGAAAAUCAAACUUCACAAAGAAUUUCUAGACAGUGUUAAUUGCAGCCCAGACAUCUUUCGCUGCACGCUAACGAAGAUCCCAGAGUCGAAUUCUCUGCUACAAAAAUCUAGGUUGCCCCUAGGAGUUUUAAUACAUCCCUUCAAAGACUUGAACCAGUUACCAGUAAUACAAUGUAGCACAAUAGUGCGAUGUCGUUCUUGUAGAACGUACAUCAAUCCAUUUGUAUAUUUCAACGACUCGAAAAGAUGGAAAUGCAAUCUCUGUUACAGAAUAAACGAACUGCCGGAAGAUUUUCAGUUCGAUCCUGUGACUAAGUCUUAUGGGGAUCCAUCGAGACGACCGGAAGUGAAAACUAGCACGAUCGAGUUUAUUGCACCUAGCGAAUAUAUGCUACGACCACCACAGCCAGCCGUGUAUCUAUUUGUUUUGGACGUUUCGAGACUUGCAGUGGAAAGCGGUUACUUGAGCAUAGUGUGCAACGUAAUUUCAGAGGAGUUGUCGAGGCUACCUGGUGACGGUAGAACGCAAAUUGGAUUCCUGGCGGUAGACUCCGCGAUACACUUCUUUAGCAUACCUGACAACGUAUCGCAACCCCAGGAAAUGGUUAUGCUAGAUAUAGACGACGUCUUUCUUCCAUGUCCGGAGAACCUAAUAGUCAAUUUGAAGGAACGCGAAGAAUUACUGAGAGAUUUACUGGCCCAAUUACCGACCAAAUUUCAAGGAACUUAUGAUACGAACAGUGCUUUGGGCGCAGCGCUGCAAGCUGCAUACAAACUUAUGUUGCCAACCGGUGGACGGGUGACCGUUUUCCAAACCUGUUUGCCAAAUAUUGGCCCCGGGCUUUUGCAACCAAGGGAAGAUCCAAACAGCAGGGCUAGCAAAGAUGUAGCACACUUAAAUCCAGUCACGGACUUUUAUAAGAGAUUGGCGUUAGAUUGCAGCGGACAACAAAUUGCGGUUGACUUAUUUCUCUUAAAUAGUCAAUACUGUGAUUUAGCCACUCUCUCGGGUAUGUGUAAAUUCUCUGGAGGCUGUAUAUACCAUCUUCCUCUGUUCCGUGGCUCGAAACAACAGAAUGCAGAGAUUCUGGACAAAAUACUUAGACGUUAUCUGACCAGAAAGAUCGGUUUCGAGGCAGUAAUGAGAAUACGAUGUACGCGCGGCUUGAGCAUCCAUACUUUUCAUGGGAAUUUCUUCGUCAGGUCGACCGAUCUUCUUAGUCUGCCAAACGUCAACCCAGACGCUGGAUUUGGGAUGCAAAUUUCCAUCGAAGAGAACCUUUCGGAUGUUCAGAACGUCUGUUUCCAGGCUGCUUUGCUUUACACUUCGAGUAAAGGGGAAAGAAGGAUUAGGGUACACACAUUGUGCUUACCAGUGGAAUCACAUUUGUCGAACAUUCUUCAUUGCGUCGACCAGCAAUGUAUAAUAGGUUUACUUUCCAAAAUGGCUGUGGAUAGGUCCCAGCAGUCCUCCUUGUCUGACGCAAGGGAUGCCCUAAUAAACGUGGCCAUAGACGUCUUAUCAGCCUACAAAUUGUCACAGUCGGUGACCUCCAGUGGACUUAUGGUUCCAGGAAGCUUAAAAUUGCUGCCACUGUAUAUUAUUUCCUUACUCAAAUCCGUCGCUUUUAGGUCAGGAACGAGUACAAGACUCGAUGAUCGUGUAUUCGCGAUGUGCCAGUUAAAAACGCUGCCACUGUUUCAAUUGAUCCAGAUGAUUUAUCCGGACCUUUAUCCGGUACACGCGCUGGAAGAUCGAAAUUCGAAAGAUAUCGACGGGAAACUUUGUCCACAGCCACCUAGACUUCACCUUUCCGCAGAGAAAAUUCACUCGAAAGGCGCUUUUCUCAUGGACGCUGGGGACAGAAUAUUCAUUCUGAUUUGCAAGAACAUUCAUCCUACAUUUUGUUGCAACGUUCUCGGGGUCACUGCUUUUGCUUCGAUACCAGAAGAACUUUACGAAUUACCAGAGAUCGAGACGGCUGAAAGCGAAAGGCUACGUAAUUUUGUAUUUAGUUUGCAAGAAGAAAAACCUUUCCCCGCUUCUGUACAAAUUAUUAGAGACGACAGUCAUUUCAGGACACUUUUUGUCGAGCGAUUGGUCGAGGACCGAUUCGAGUCGGCUUUAAGUUAUUACGAAUUUUUGCAACAUCUUAAGACACAAGUGAAAUAAUGAUAAAAGAAACUAUAUUGUCGAUUUGAACGGAAAAAAGAAACAGAAACAUAAACGUUAACACAAGAAAAGACAUUGUUAAUUACAGUGAAUGUGUUUAGCAAUCGUGGAACUCUGUUCAGAAAUACGAACUUCGUUAAAUGAUUCUUUAAUCGGUCGAUUAGGAUGGAACGCUUAGGGUAAUAAAA